AAAUCCAGCGGAGCGCAUCCCCAACCCAUACCCAUCUGUUGCUCGUUGCUCAUCUCCGCCUCUCGGUCUUGGCUGUCAGUCGGCUACCUCACCCGAGUUACCUACCUAGAGAAGAAUCGGGCGGACUGCCAUCACCUUUGUCCGGUCUUACACGCCUGUAAACCUUCCAUCCACGGCAAAAUGCCGGAGAGCGCAAUUCAGGAUUUUUACAAAGGGUGCGGCAUCUUUGUGACGGGAGCAACCGGCUUCUUGGGCAUCGGUCUCGUUGAGAAGCUGCUGCGGUGCUGCCCAGACUCAGGAAAAAUCUACCUGCUGGUCCGACCCAAAAGAGGCAAGGCCAUCGAGGAAAGACUUGAAGAUGUCGGCAAAAACAGAGUGUUUGAAAAGCUGAAGGAGACUAAUCCAGACGCGCUGAGCAAGUUGGUUGCCGUGGCCGGCGACAUCGGCGAGGAGAACCUCGGGCUUAGCGAUGCGGACAGGAAAACGCUGCAGGACAAUGUGUCCGUGGUGUUCCACUCGGCGGCCACGCUUGACUUUGAGACCGGAAUCAAGCCGGCCGUGCAGAUCAACCUGCGUGGCACCAGGAGCGUCGUGCAACUGGCGCAGUCGCUUCCCAAGUUGAAGGCCUUCGUCCACGUGUCCAGCGCCUACGUCAACUGCCUUCGCAAUGAUGUCAAGGAGGAGCUCUACCCUGUGGAGCACGACCCUGACAAGAUUAUUGAACAAGUCCUCGGGGUUUCUGAUGAAACUGCCCUCGAGCAACUCUCCAAAGAGUUGUGCGGUGACCACCCGAACACAUACACCUACACAAAGCUGCUGGCCGAGCACGUUGUUGCCAGAGCGGCCACGCAGAUUUCAGCGGCCAUUGUCCGGCCCUCAAUGAUCACGUGUGCAUUGAAGGAGCCUGUGCCCGGCUGGAUUAGCUCGACAAAUGGGCCGUCAGGCUUCCUGAUGGGCGCCGCCAAGGGUGUCGUUCGCCGCCUGCCCAUCGCCACCGAUGUCAUUUACGACUACAUUCCUGUCGAUAUGGUCAUCAAUGAGCUCAUCGUUGCCGCCUGGCAGGCUGGAACUCAAAAGUCAUCUCAGGUGUCGAUUUACCACUGCACGACGUCGACUCAGAAUCCGUUCCGCUGGAACAUGGUGUAUAAGAACAUGAACACAAUGCUGCGCAAGUAUCCACUGGUGGGUGCCGUCUGGUAUCCAAGCAUCAAGAUUCUCACCACACUCAGUCUCUUCAAGUUCUCCUCCAUCUUCGUCCACUUCAUUCCUGGCUUCUUUCUUGACCUUGUUGCUCGUCUAACUGGCGGAAGACCCAGGCUGGUGACGCUGCACUCGAAGAUCAACAGUUCGUUGGACCGGCUGCAGUUCUUCAUCUACAACGAGUGGAAGUUCCAAAACGAGCGGACGCGCGAGUUGUCAGGCAAGCUGUCAGCUGAGGACAAGCAGCGUUUUGACUUCAACAUCGGUGACGUCGACUGGUAUCCGUACUUUGACUCGAUGACGCUUGGUGUGAGGCGUUACCUGAACAAGGAGGAGCCAAAGACGCUGCCGGCCGCGUUGAAGAAGCAGAAGAUCUUGGCCGGCGUGCACUACGCCCUGCUGCUCGCCAUCUACGGCUUGACCUUCUACACUGGCCUGCGGCUCUCCAACGGAGACAAGACGCUUGCGCUGCUGAGCAUCCCGCUCACAUACCUUUUCUUCAGCAUCAUCUAACAGUUUAUGUCUCUAAUUUCUGAAGCCUCGCUUGUCAAUUUAGCGCUGAUAAAGGGGAUUCAAGAGAGGUUUUUGGUGGAUAUAGGAGAAAUUUAUUAGCUUGAGGCAGAGUGAUAGUAUUUUCAGGUUUCAAAAAAUAUCUGUAGAUAGAUGCAAACCUAUAAAAAGAAAAACUUGUUUAUUUGAGUGGACUAGUUUUUGAAAAUCACUAUAGUGGCAUAUUUUGCUGCAUCUCUUUUACCUCUCUGCAAAUUUAAUUUACUAUUUUCUCCAAAUUCGUGAUAUGUCAGCAGUGAGUGAUUUUCCCCUUAUGCUUUGUCCAAAUUUUUAUAUUACAAAGCAAUUUUCAAAUUUUUUGCUGAAUCUCAAGCAUCUAAGUGUUUGUAUCUGGUACAAUCUAAUUAUCUCAUUUUUUUUACUUUAACUUCGCUGUCCACGUUGUAAGAAACCAGCCUGUUAAGUGUUUUAAGCGCUACUUCAGACGCCAUUAAUUGCUAUUUUCUUGCCAAGUAUUGUUUUGAUUGUUUGGAGCUUGUUAUUAUCGCUUUGGUCCAAACAUUUGUAAUAAAAAAGUAUCGAUUUGCUCAACAACAA